AUGUCCCAAGAUGCAGAACAGCUCCGUGAACUCAUACGUAAAUAUGAACAACGACAAAGGGAUUUGGAGGACCGUGAACUCCAAGCCAGAGAUCGGCUCACCAUGCUUGAAACAUAUAUGCCUGCUGUCCUGUCAUGGAAUGCUUGGAGUGCUUUACAAGCACAACAGGUUACUCCUGGUGAAGUGACACGAAUAAUUACGGGACAGCAGCUCUUGCCAAUGGAUGAGUCAUACACUAGAAGACUUCAAGAACUUGAAAAUGUAGUUCGUGGUAUCAAAGAUUCAGAAGAGUUGGCAAGUGUAGGUCCAAAACCAUCUGGAAGUCUCACACCAGAUGAUAUUGAAAAUAUGAAAAAAUUGCAAGAAAUUGCCACAAAUGAAAUGCAACUAAAAAGGAGGAUACAGUCAAUGGAACGGAAGGAACUUAUGUAUUUAGCUGCACUUCAAAAAGCAGAUGAGCUACGGAUGAGAGCUGAAGGUAUUACUAGCGGACAGGAAUUUACUUCACCUACCAUAGUAGAAGCUGGAAGUUCAGCUGAGGGUUUGCAGAGGCGUGUUGUGGAGCUUGAAGCAGAAGUUAAUCGUCUGAAGAAGAAAGCUGAAGUGCUAGAGGCUGAGAAUGAGAAACUUCUUCACAUGAUUUCUGAUGGAACUCAGGUAAGAUAA